CGGUGACGAGAGGGCGGGGGGAGGAGGAGGAGGGACGCCGGGCCCAGAUUCACAUUCAGCCUGAGCUGUGGCAGUCGGAGCGGCUCCGGCUCCGGCACCGGCACCAUGUUCUACAAGUUCGAUGGGUUCACGCAGAGACUGAGCGGCGGGGCGGGCCCGGCUGUCUACAGCCCGCAGGGUUUGAAGCCUCUCGUUUCCUCUGAACCUCCUACUUUGAUAUUUGCUACUCCGACAAAAGUUGUAUCGGAAUUGGGAGAAGGAGUUCAAUUCCUUGGACAAAAUAAAGUGCAUCAUUUCCAGAAGCUUUUUCAGAAGGCAGAUGGGGUGCCUGUACAUCUGAAGCGAGGUGUUCCCGAUCGACUACUGUACAGGACCACGAUGGCAUUGACUAUCGGAGGGACCAUUUACUGCUUGGUAGCACUCUUUUUGGCUGCUCAGCCCAAGAAACGGAAUUGAAGAGACUAUGUCAUCGUGACGAGUACAUAUGAAAUCCUUGCUACAAGGACUUGCAUACAGCCCUUUGCACAGUUAAAAUUAAUUUGCUGCUUCCAAGAUUUUCUUUGCUGGUGCAUCACUUUCUCUGAUAUUUAUACGGGUGUGAUUUAUCUGCAGUUCAUUUCAGUUAAGUUUGUUCUUUGACCAUUGUUAAGAAAUGUCCGGGAUGCUGCCUAGUCAUGGGAAAAUAAUAAUCAGGUUAACUAGAAAUCAAUCUAUUGAAUCAUGGAGAAUGUUCAAGAAAAUAUAUUUGAAUGAGUGUGGAGAAAUAAGAUAUGAUGCCACUCAUAAUAGAAUAGGAAUGCAACUCUUCUUUUGCCAAAAAGAUAAAAGGACCAGGGCAUGUCUCAUGCCCAAGAGGAAUUCUAAUGUUCAUAAUUAUUAUGAGAUCUUGUAUAAAUCUUCUUACAAUCUCAAUUAUGUGCAUAGCCUGUUGUAGAACCUUUUGUUUUAAAAUUAAUGUUCAUCUGGAAACAUGUGACAUUUCAAUAAAUUCAAAUGACUGCUGGUAACAGA